UUUCAGCAACCUUCUUCUUCGCUCCUCUUCAGUUUCAUGGCUUCUUCUCCAUUUCACACAUUCUCCCAACUUCUUCAACCUCGUAUAACAUUUGCCACGACACCCACCAACAACAACAAUAACAACCUCAGCAGUUGUACCACACGACCAAGCAACAAGCUACUUCUUCCGCCAACACUUUCUCUCUCUUCCAACACCCAGAGAAACGACCUUGAUUUCCAUGACAGAACCACCAGACUCCACAUCAAGCGCCAUGUCCACAAGAUCACCACACUCUCCUCUACAAAUUCUAAGACCCAGAUUCUACGAAACCUAGAGAAGGACGCUGAAUCUUUCAAAACUAGUUCAGAUUUCAACCACCUGUUAAUGGCUCUAGUGAUUGCACAACAACAUGAAGUUUGUCUGAUUUUGUUCACAAAGUUGCAAUCUUUCAAGGUUUUACCCAAUGGGUGCACGUUUUCAAUUGUGAUAAGGUGCCACUGUGAGAGAAAUGAUCCAGAUGAAGCAAAAAAGGUGCUUGACACUCUUUUGCAAAAUGGGUUUCUUCCAGAUGAAGUAACUAUGAAUGUUCUAAUGAGUUCACUUUGCAAGAAAGGGAAGGUUCAGAAGGCUAGGGAGGUUUUUGAGGUAAUGAGGGAAAAGGGUUUCAAGAUGAGUGUUCAAUCGCAUAACUGUUUGUUGAAGGGUUUGUGUUAUGUUGGGAGGGUGGAGGAAGCAUUGGAUUUGUUGAAUGAGAUGAAGAAUGAGACACCAUUGUUGAACCCUGAUGUUUAUUCGUACACUGUUGUGAUGGAUGGUUUGUGUAAAGUGGGGCUCUCUGAUGAAGCAAUGGGGUUGCUCAAUGAAGCUGUUAGGGUUGGUAUUGUUCCCAACGAGGUCACUUUUAACACAUUGAUUGAAGGGUAUUCUAGGGAAGGUAGGCCAUUGGAGGGUGUUUUGGUUUUGGAAUUGAUGAAGAAAAAGCAUGGCUGUGUUCCUGGUUAUGUCAAUUACAGCACUGUGUUACAUGGGUUGUUGAAGUGGAAUGAGAUUCCGGCAGCGUUUAAGGUUUACAAGGAAAUGGUGGAGCUAGGGAUUGAGGUCGAUUCGAGGAUGAUGGCGAAGCUGGCGCGGCGAUUGUGUAGGUUGUCGAGGAGGGAAAGGGGUUUGCUUCGAGACGCAUGCCAAGUGUUUGAGAAAAUGACAGAGAAGGGUUUCGUGGUUGAUCAGAGGACACUUGAGGUGAUUUUUGAGGCAUUACUUUGGGGAGAGAAAUUUGAUGAGGCUUUGGAGGUUUUGAAUGAUAUGGUUAAGUUGGGGUAUUCUCCCAAGGCUAUUGCUUUUGAUAAAGUGAUUCAAGGAUUUUCUGCUAAUGGGAAGUUAGAGGAGGCAGUGUCCAUUUUGCUCUUUUGGCUUGGAAAUGGAGGGGUUCCCCAUAAAUUUUCUUAUGAAAUGUUGAUCAAAGAACUCAAUGCACAAGGGAGAUUAAUUUGUGCUUCCAUUUUGCUUGGUGCAGCAUUUAAGCAAGGUGUUGUUCCCAGCAUGGAUCCUCUACUAUGUAAAUGUUGUGAAGAAAGAUAGAAGCCAAGCUGAUACAUCACAGUGAAAGAAAUUUAGUUGCAACAUGUAAUAAUUACCGAAUUGAAGUGGAAAAUGAAUUUUUGUGUGAAGAGGAACUCUUCUCUUGGGUUUAACAGGAGAAAUCUUUUUAUUAUAGUAGUUGAGGAAUGUACAAAUAAUUGGUUUCAUGGAUAUUUAGAAUUAGAAUGAUAGCUUUUGUACAUAUUUAACCGAGUUGAUUACUUCAUUCGGAUUUUGCUAAUAUAGAUAGGAGACAAAAUUUAAAUGUAUAUAGGGGUGUUUUCUUCUCAUUCUUUCCUGAGAUAUUCCUUUUUUCUCUUCUCUUUUUCAUG